GAAACAACAUUGCGACGAUUUCAUUGAGUGGAUACCUUAUUCGAAUAUUAAUAUAGAUAAGAAUCCAAUUGCAAAAGGGCAUAAUUCAAAAGUAUUUAUUGGUAAAUGGGAGGAAUCAAUAAAUAUUGUCCUUAAAGUUUUGAAAGAAUCUAAAAAUUUUAAAUCAGAAUUUCUUAACGAAUUCAAUAUACAUUAUAAAUGUCUUGGAAAAUGUGCUAUACCUUUCUAUGGUUUAACGGAGCAUAUGCAAGGGUAUGCGAUGGUAUUGAAACGCGCGAUUCACGGUGAUCUUAGGAUGUAUAUUAAUAAAAAUAAACUCACAUGGCCAAAUAAAAUAGAGAUUCUUUCUAGCAUUGCAAAAUCUUUACAUAGACUUCACGAAUUAAAUAUAAUUCAUCGGGAUUUUCAUUGUGGAAAUAUCCUCAUUGACGAUGAUGCUAAAGUAUUUAUUAGUGACUUUGGGAUUUCAAGGUCUGAUGGAAGCAUUAUUGGUGUUUUACCUUAUAUUGCACCAGAAAUUUUAAGUGGCAAACAAUAUACAAAAAAAUCAGACAUUUAUAGUUUUGGCAUAAUUAUGUGGGAUCUAACAUCUACUCAUAGGCCAUUUUGGGACCGACCUUAUGAUACAUCUUUAGCUUUGGAGAUCAUUUGCAAGGAUCUUCGUCCAGAAGUUGUAGAGGGGACUCCAGAAGUUUAUAAAAAUACAAUGAAAAAAUGUUGGGAUUCAGAUCCAUUAGAAAGGCCAGAUUCGUCGGAUUUAAUAGAAUUGAUAGAUGACAUGAUUAAGCUUCCUUGUAUUAUUACUUCGAGACCUAGAGCACCAGAACAAGUUAAUAAUCCUAUAGAAGAUUGUUCUUUCUACUUACCAAAAACUACUCAAUUUGAUCCUAAUGUUUGGAGUACUGCUAUUUUGAUUUGGUUUAAUCGAUAUGUAUUAGUUGAUUACAGAAGUGAGUGGGCAGGCAGAUACCAAAAAGCAUCUGAUUGGCUUUGUCAACAAGUGAAAGAUAAGAAAGUACGAGACGAACUUCUUGAAGCUGCUAGAAUCUUUGUUGUUAAAAGAUUCGAAGUUGAAAAGGAUGCUAUAGAGAAAGACGAGUCAUUCAAGGAUUCUCUUGAAGCUAAGGAUAGAUAUCAUGAUCGAGGAGUUGCAGACGAAGAACCGCAUGAUUUCAUGAUCCCUAGUGAUGAAGUUGUUGGAAUAAUAAGGAUCUGUGUUAAAAGUGCUAAAGAUCUCAAAAAAUCAGAUUUUUGGUUUACCUUUUCUAAUCCCGAUCCGUACGUCCGCAUUAUGAAUGCUGCUGGAGCUGAAAUAGUUCGUACUCGUGUUAACCAUGGAACUGUUAAUCCAAAAUGGGAUGAAAUUCAUUUUGUUUCUGUUCAUGGUUCGGGCGAAAAAAUUUCGGUUGAAAUCUUUGACGAAAAUCUUUUUAUAGCAGACAGACCUCUCGGUACUUAUGUCUUGGAUACCAAUACGUUAAUGAAAAAUGAAGACCAUUCUAAAGCAAUUAAUGAGUGGUUCCCACUUGAAAUUGGCAAUAAGCCAGCUAAAGGACAAUUAAACUUGGAAGUUCGAUUUAUCCCCACCGCCUUUACUGAGGGUGUGGACUUUAAAUUUACCCGAGAAUCCAUUAAACUUAAUCAUAUCUAUAUGCUUAUAAGCUGGCGCAAAGCGAAUGGAUCCUUUGAAUUUACUGAGAAAUUAGCGCGUUUCUUUAAUUAUAACUCAGUCGAUGAAUUGAAAGAAGAUUUUCUCAAACACAUAUCUUCAGACCAAGAACUUUUAAAAUGUGACUUGUCUAUAUUAUCUACAGCUCUUACGAUUAUGUACCUCAAAGUUUUGUGUUGGAAACACUAUAGUGAAUGGAAGCAAAUUAUCUCAAACAGUGAGGUGUGGGUCAGUAAAGAAAUUAACGACAUUAAUAUUGAGGAUCGAUUAUAUGAUUUAUGCAGAACAUUCAUGAUUGAACGCUUUAAAGUUAAAGAUUUUGAAAAAGAACAAAUGGAAAUUAUAACUCCUGUCAAACACACCAUCAUUACGCGAAAGGUUGUCACUGUCCGUCAUAUUCGUACACUUACUAAUCAUCAAGACGAUGAUGGUUGUGUUGUUCUAAAUGAAAAGGUUGCUGAGUACUAUGGCUUCAAAAAUACUAAUCUCGAGAAUGAAAUAAUGGAAUGUGCCAAAAAAUUCGUUGUAGAUAGAUAUGAUGUUGAUAAAGAAGCUAUUGCAGCUGAUAAUAGUUUCAUUGCAGCUGUUAAAACCAAAGAUGAGGCAAUUAAACAAGAAAAGAUCUCAGAAAAAAGACGAUUGACAGGUAUGUUUGAUGAUUUAAACAAACAGAUCUCUUUAUCAGGCACUAAGGUUACUCGAAAAACUACUACUGAUGAGCUUGUUAAAAAAUUCAUUACUUAUCGUACAAAGGAUGGUGGCUUUAAAAUUACUGAUGAGCUUGCACAACACCUUGGAUUCCUUAAUAAAGAAUCCUUGGAAAUAGCAUUACGUAGUCACUUUAUUUCUGAUGACUUGGCGAAACUUCCUAGUGAAAUUUUGGCCACUGCUUGCGAUGAUUUACAUAAAUGGUUAAGUUUACAAAUUAAAAAUCCUCAAAUCGAACGUGAACUUUUGGGAUCUGCUAAAGAUUUUGUAAUCACAAGAUAUAACAUCGAUGAUGAGGUUAUCGGACUUGAUACUCCAUACCAAGACAUCGAAAGUGCCAAAUCUAUUAUUAUAGAUAAUAAAGAUAAAGCAUUUGAAAGAAAAAUUGCUGAUGCAGUCGUUAAAAAC